AUGGUUAGCCAACCACCUUCAACAGAUCUCUCCUCGCCCAUCUCACAUACUGCUCACCUCGCCAAGUCACUUUCGGCGGGCCCGCCCUCUCACGUUCGGGGUUCCGCCAUUUAUCCUCCGGGGAGUCGCCAGUUUCACUAUCGCCGCGCCCAUCUCCUUUCUCACGGCGAAUGUUUGCCCUCAGUUUCUCCCCGGAUCACCCUUCCCAGACCGUCCACUCAGUUCCCCCCCCCCCUGCUUCCCCUCAUCCCCCCCCCCUGGUUCCCCUCAUUUUCCCCUCAUUUCCCCCCUGAUUCCCCUUGUUUUCCCCUCAUUUCCCCCUUGCUUCCCCUCACUUCCCCCCACCUUCCCCUCGUUUCCCCCCCUGCUUCCGCUCAUUUCUCCCCCUACUUCCAAUCGUUUCUGCUCUGCUUCCCCUCAAUUUCCCCCUCCUUCCCCUCGUUCCCAUCCCUGCUUCCCCUCAUUUCCCCCCUGCUUCCCCUCAUUUCCCCCCUGCUUCCCCUCUUUUCUCCUCCUGCGUCCCCUCAUCCUCCCCCCCCCCCCCCCCUCUCCUUCCCCUCAUUUCCUCCCGUGCUCCCUAUUUCUCCCUCUGCUGCCCCUCAUUCCCCCCCCUGCUUCCCUUCAUUUCUCCGCCUCCUUCCCCUCAUUUCUCCACCUGCUUCCCUGCCUUUCCCCCCCUGCUUCUGCUCAUUUCCUCCCCUCCUUCCCCUUAUUUCCGCCCCUGCUUCCGCUCAUUUCCUCCCCAGCAACCCCUCGCUUCCCGCCCUACUUACCCUCAUAUCCCACACCCCCCUUUCCCCUCAUUUCUCCUCCUCCUUCCCCUUUCUUCAUCCCCUGCUUCCCCUCAUUUCCCCCCCUCCUUCCCCUCGUUUCCUGCCCUGCUUCCCCUCAUUUCCGCCCCCUGGUUCCCCUCAUUUCCCCCGUGCUCCCUAUAUCUCCCUCUGCUUCCUCUCGUUUUCCCCCUUUCUUCCCCUCAUUUGCCCCCUUGCUUCCCCUCGUUUCCCCUUCCCCUCAUUUCCCCCCUCCUCCUCAUUUUCCAUCAGUUUCCACUUCACCUGUCCUGGAUUUUACCAACUUUUCUCUCCCAGCGCUGCAUCUCCUCCCUUGUCUCUCUCCCCUCUUCCCUGUCUCCUCUCCCUCUCCCCUCUCUUCCUAUCUGCUCCUUUGUCUCUCUCCCCUCUUCCUGUCUCCACUCCCUCUCCCCUCUCUUCCUAUCUGCUCCUUUGUCUCUCUCCCCUCUUCCUGUCUCCUCUCCCUCUCCCCUCUCUUCCUAUCUGCUCCUUUGUCUCUCUCCCCUCUUCCCUGUCUCCUCUCCCUCUCCCCUCUCUUCCUAUCUGCUCCUUUGUCUCUCUCCCCUCUUCCUGUCUCCUCUCCCUCUCCCCUCUCUUCCUAUCUUCUCCUUUGUCUCUCUCCCCUCUUCCUGUCUCCUCUCCCUCUCCCUUCUCUUCCUAUCUGCUCCUUUGUCUCUCUCCCCUCUUCCUGUCUCCUCUCCCUCUCCCUUCUCUUCCUAUCUGCUCCUUUGUCUCUCUCCCCUCUUCCUGUCUCCUCUCCCUCUCCCCUCUCUUCCUAUCUGCUCCUUUGUCUCUCUCCCCUCUUCCCUGUCUCCUCUCCUUCUCCCCUCUCUUCCUAUCUGCUCCUUUGUCUCUCUCCCCUCUUCCCUGUCUCCUCUCCCUCUCCCCUCUCUUCCUAUCUCAUCCCCCUUCCCUCUCCCCUCUCUUCGAAUGGAUGCCAAGGCAGUCUCUUCCCUCUCUCCCCACUCUCUCUCCCGCUAUUUCCUAUCCCCUCCCUUCCCUCUCCCCCCUCUUUCCUAUCUUCCCCUUCCCUAUAUGCUUCCUUCCCAUUUCCCCUCCCCCUCCCAACUUCGUCACACUCUCUCCCUCUGGUUAUUUGAGUGACUGCGCAGACAUGAUUGUUGAAAGGAAAACGUGGGGCGGCAGUCUGGGCUUCCAGUGGCGGUGGGGGGCGGCUGUAACACGUGUGGUGGUGGGGGGCGGCUGUAACACGUGUGGCAGUGGGGGGUGGCUGUAA